AACUGCAGAUACAUGAUGAAGCAGAUUCAACAAGGCAAAGGCACUGGCAUGCAUGUUGAUGAAAUUCUAAAGGAAAGUCUGAAUAGACAUCGAUACUUAAAUUCUUUAUUUCCUGGUGAAAACUCCACUGCCACCUAUGGGACAAAUCAAUUUUCUCAUUUGUUUCCUGAAGAGUUUAAAGCUAUUUAUUUAAGAAGCACAUCCUCCAGAUUCCCCACAUACCCAGCAGAAGCACAGAAAUCCAUCUCCAACGUGUCUUUGCCGUUAAGAUUUGACUGGAGGGACAAGCAUGUUGUGACACAAGUGAGAAACCAGCAGACGUGUGGUGGGUGCUGGGCCUUCAGUGUGGUGGGUGCAGUGGAAUCAGCCUUUGCAAUUAAAGGGGAGCCCCUGGAAGACCUUAGUGUCCAGCAGGUCAUUGACUGUUCCUAUGACAACUAUGGCUGCAACGGAGGGUCUCCCCUCAAUGCACUGAACUGGUUAAAGAAGAUGAAAGUAAAACUGGUGAAAGAAUCAGAAUAUCCAUUUAAAGCACAAAACGGCCUGUGCCAUUACUUUUCUGAUUCAUUUGCUGGAUUUUCAAUCAAAGAUUAUUCUGCAUAUGAAUACAGUGGCCAAGAAGAUGGAAUGGCAAAAGCACUUCUCUCCUUUGGUCCCAUGAUAGCAGUAGUAGAUGCAGUAAGCUGGCAGGAUUAUCUGGGAGGCAUAAUACAGCAUCAUUGUUCUAGUGGGGAAGCCAACCAUGCAGUUCUCAUCACUGGGUUUGAUAAAACAGGAAGUACGCCAUAUUGGAUUGUGCGCAACUCCUGGGGAAGCUCGUGGGGAGUGGAUGGCUAUGCCCAUGUCAAAAUGGGCGGUAAUAUCUGUGGUAUUGCAGAUUCAGUUUCUUUUGUAUUUGUGUGAAAGAAUAAGCCAAUCAAGAGACAACUACAACCCACAAAAAUUCUUUGGCCUAGAGUAUUUAAACUAAAAUGCAGAAUGUUCCUUAUAGAGGGAUGGACAGCCAAAGUCAGUGGGAAGAACACCAGCACCUACGUGAGGCAUAAAACCUUUAGAGCAGUUCUCACACCAGAGUAAGGUCAGGUUAGGAGAUAGUUUAGGUCUCUUUAAUUUAAAGAGGCUAUUACUUGGUCUUGUUUGCUUCUUGCUUUUGUUUAUUUUUUAAUUAUUUACUUCCUGUAGAAUUAAAGAAGUAAUAAAAAUGUAUUUCCCAUUGUGGGAUAUAAUCACCAGGCCUCGUUUUCCCCUAUAUACAAGAAUCGUCAACCAAAAAUUAUGUGUACCUCUCACAAUUAUAUUAGCCUCCUCUGCAUGGGAAAAGCAUAAGGAUUUUGAAAUACCACUUGCUUUCCAUCAACAGAUGGUGCCCAGCCUUGAACUGUACAAAGGCCAUGUAGAAAGAAAUCACUUUUUAGCAGAAAGUUAACCUGAUUGAAAUUAUAUGACCAAUAUGGUAAAUGUGUGAUAAGAAAAACUCAAGAGGUGUUGCCAGAGAAGCAAGUUAUUGUUUGGAAAUUUUCCUGGUUAAUGGGAUCCAAUAGAUUGUAUUUCUUGCUCUGUUCUCCCUGCCUUAGAGAAGAGUGAAUCCCACGUUCUCCUACUGUCUUUCUCUUACUCUUUACUAAAAAUUCCUUUUUUCCUUGUGGCUUGGAUACCCAGGCUAAAGAAGCAAAUUCCAUUCUUUACUUUCCAUUUCUAUUUUAUAACCAUCUAUUUGCUCCUUUGUCUCUUAGCCUCUAUCAAUAUCAGGAACUCACAUUUUUCUCCCUCCAGUCAUUUAUUCACACCACUUCUUUCAAAGUCCAAUUUCAUUAAUCUGAUGUAUCAGCCAAAAGAUGAGUUUCCUGUUUUUCCAGUUUUCUGUUCAUUUUUCCCAGACUCCCCUCCUGCCUAGUUUUUUGUGUUUCCCUUUGACUUUUCUCUGGCUUCUGCUUCUUUAUGCCCAUGUUCCUGUUUUCAUAAGUCAUGAUAAAAGACAGUGUGAGAAUCGUAGGGUAGAAGAGCGGAUCUUCUGCUGAAUGGAAGUAAUACAACCAUAUUGAUAAGUUAAUGGAAGAAAAUCAUAUCAAACACUAGAUAUGUAAAUAUUUUCUAAAAUUCACGAUGGCUUUCUAAUGUAGACUGUCUUAACAAAAACAAAAAUUUAAAUAUACCAGCAACCACUGAACAAAAUUGAGGACUUCUAUUUUUCCUCACACCCAUGCCCUUCAUCCAUCUCCUUUAUUAGAAAAAUAAAAUUUUAAAAAACUGUUGACUCAGGUUUAGAAAUGUCCCAGAAAGACAAGUAUUUAUAUUAAAAUUGAUAAAUAUUCUAAUUAUCCAAGUAUGCCAAAAGGAUCUAUGCCCUGGGUAUUCUAGUUGUGUUUGUUUACUUAUUUUUGUGUGAUAUAAAUGCCUCAUGAUACUCAUUUUCAAAUGUUAAAGAAUUUUUUUAAUUUCAAAGUGAUUAAUAUGUCUCGGCUCUUUUGAUGCCAUUUUAUAAUAAAAUAACCUAUUUUUGA